AUGUCUUCCUCUGACGCUCCCACCGAUGUCGAGAACAAGGCCGCUGCCGCGAAGGAAGCUGCUGAGCAGGCCACCCUACCUUACAAAUGGACUCAAACGAUCCAGGAAGUCGAUAUUUCUGUACCUGUUCCCCCAGGAACAAGAGCUCGUGACCUCGUUGUAGAUAUCAAGUCUACGUCUAUCAAAGUUGGCCUGAAAGGACAGGAACCCAUCAUGGAGGGUACCUUUCCUAAGCGUGUCACAACCGACGAGUGCACCUGGUCACUAGAGGACCAAAAGUCUGUCUCGAUCCAGCUCGAGAAGGUCAACAAGAUGGAAUGGUGGGAACACGUGCUCACCCACCACCCCAAGAUCGACACCACAAAGAUCACACCCGAAAACUCCAACCUGAGCGAUCUGGAUGGCGAGACAAGAGCAAUGGUGGAGAAGAUGAUGUAUGACCAGAGGCAGAAGGAGAUGGGGAAGCCAACAAGCGACGAACAGAAGAAGGCCGAUAUGCUGAAGAAGUUCCAGGAACAGCAUCCGGAAAUGGACUUUUCCAACGUGAAGAUGACCUGA